AUGAGCGAACACGGACUAAACAAAAGAGAAGGAAAUGGAAAGUCGAUGGGCGAAAGUUCAGCUAAGGACAAGGACAAGUGUCAAAAUCUCUUUUCUGGCAUCCCAGGGUUAGAGCGGAGAUGGAUGAAGAACUGUGGGAGGAGGAUAUGUGUUCUGCGUGUUUCGCGAUUGGAGGCCCUACGGGAGCUCACCAGUUCAAGGUCGGACAUCAAGCUGACUGUGGUUAUGAGCGAUGGGAGACCCUUAGGCGACUCGGCAAGGAGGAUGAAAAUGACCAAACCUGCCCUCACCUCCGGGUCGUUCCCAAUCCAGCAGAGCGACUCGCUUUCGCUUGCCGUCAACGUAAACUUCUACUUCCAGUACUUCCAUAACCUCAAGAACAACUCAGACGCCAUCCGCAUCCUCCUGCAGAAGCGCUCGAAGCGCUCUCUUGUGAACAAGAUCAUCGCCGAAUGCUCGAUGAACCUGGCGGAUAUCAUCCAGGCCCCCCUGGAGGAAGGGAGUGUCUUGAUGCUCCAUAGCACAGGUCGGCUGAAACAUACGCAGAAGUCAGUGAACGAACCCAUCGUUCGCCUGCACGUUCAGCUUGAGUCCCUUCCCGUUGACUUCUCCGACAUCUCACGGUGGUGGCCGGAAGUUGACGACGACAACGCGAAUGAAAGGGAACUGAUUUUGAGCGGAGAAGAUCAAGCGAGCGAAGACGAAGAAGAAGAUAUGCUCGAGAGUGAGGAAGAUGAAGAUGAGUGGGUUGAAAGGUUUGAUACCGUAGACGAGCAUGGAGUCGAUCUCAUCGACGAGGUUGAGGAAGACGUAUUCCCCACCAGCAACACCAUCGCAAGCACAAACAUUGAUCGUGAGAACGGGGCAAAGAACUUCCGAUCGAAGGUGCUCAAGGGAACAAAGAAGAUCGCAAGCAUGACUCUCACCCCCGUUCGCGUCGUCCGAAACCAGUAUGCCCGCAUCAGAGCCAAGAAUCAGAAGGAGCACGCGUCCAGUGCUGCGGUAGGAGACCUGGAGGAGGAGGCUGGCGAGGACGAGGCGGUGUUCGAUGACGGGGUCCUACAUAUGGCCGGGUUUGACAGGAGAGCAUCGGAAGACGUAGGGGGGGAGCACUCGGAGGUUACUGCGAGGGUCGAAAGCAUCCUCUCGGACUCCGCGAGCUUGGACGGGGGCAGCCUGGUGCUGCUCUGUAACCAUUCAUCGUCUCGUGGAAGAUACUUGUACGACGUCCUCACACGGAGAGACUCGGAGGCGAGAGCCAGCACGUCGCAGGACUUGGGGAGAUUCUGUGUGAAGAUCGCUUGCUACCUGGAGAUCCGAGCUGCUGUGGCUGUCAUCUCUGCCCAUCUGAGGAAGCAGCAGCGUCAGGACAGGUCUGCUGUCAUGCGGAUCGGAAUCUUAGGAGGAGACUCGUUCUUGCACCUCUUCCUCCAGGAGAUGCUCAACUGUCAGGCAGAGCCUUGCUUCAAGAUCUUUCUGAUCCCCCUGGGUCGAGGCGGACGAGACUCGCUGGUAGCCCAGCUCAUUAGCAGCAAGGACAGCGAGUACUUGCGGCUCUUCUGCUCAGAACUGUGGGAGUCGAGCUUCGAGAUUGCAGAUGGUGAAGCAGACUUUUGGAUGGAGGCCGUAGAAACUCGCGUGCAUGAAUUGUUGUUCCACUACCUCUCACAGGCCAAAUGGACGUUCAAGCUCGUAGUCGGAGAGGCCUUCAUCACUUGUGCAGACAGCAUGACAGGCUCUAAUCCGAUCCCUUCUCUGAUUGAGGAGCCCGGCUAUGCCGGCAUAGUGAGGCAGCACACGCUCCCCUUGAUCUCCUCGCUGUCUGUACGAGCAAUCGAGGAGGUCACAACUUCUGGCUUGUGUGCAGCUGCUGAUCCAGUACAGGAGGGACCAAGUGCCAACAGCGUGCUGGACGUCAAACUGGAUUUCUGGGUGACGAAUGGAGGAGGGGAGGCUCUCAAGGCCGUGUGUAUGAGGUCGUUCAAGGAGAGGAACAAACGCAUCCGCUCUUCCGUCAACGUCACGCGCAACAGUGGAGGGGGGCACGUUAUCAGAGCAGACGUCAGCCGCUUAAUCUGCUCAGCUGCAAACCCCAAGGCCAACUUCUUCUCGGUGAUCGUCGACGGGCUGAGAAUGUCUCCCGUGCGAUUCAUCUCGAUCUCUCCACACCUCAGCUCGACCCUGAUCAACUCGCUUCCGAUCGCGACGUUCUGCGAGAUAUGA